AUGCCAUUCUUCCAAUUCGAUCAAUUCGAUAAUCAUUCUAUUUCUUUAUCAAAUGAUAGUAAUGUUAAUAAUAGUUUAGAUGAUAUUAACGAAUUUGAAUGGGAUAUGAGUAUUUAUUUUUCACACUGGUGA